CAAGCCUUUUGUCUGUCAUUUUCUGGCUCUGUGCCUGUCCCUCGUUUUUACACUAUACUUUUUUACCAGUCUGUCGUUAACCGUUUGAUACGUCAAUUCAUUUUUCCCCAUUCUCUCUGAGAAUAGUCUUUAUCAUUCUCAGCCUUUCGUUUUUAUACUACUGACGCAACCAUGCGUACCAGCAUUGCUCUGCUUGCUGGUCUGGCCGGCUCGGCCCUUGCCCUCCCUGCUACUCCUAGCACCCAGCUCGACACCCGCACUUUUGGCCUUAUCAGCGGCAUCAUCCACACAAUUGAGAACAUCCUCACUGGCGGUGUGACCCCAGCCAACGUCCUUAGCGGUAUCAGCUCUGAGGCUGCUGCGGCUCUUCAAGGUGGUGCCCUUGGUUGCACGGCUGGCUCCGUCGACCUCGCUUACCGUAAGAAGCUUGCCCACUGGCUUAAGGCUGGCGAUGGUGUCCACCUCGAAGCCUCUGUGAGGAAGGCCCUUCUGGCUUGGUGCGAGGCUGACGCUUCUGUCGACUCCGAACUCGAGCUCGAGAUCCGCGCUGGUCUUGGGUUCUUUAUCCCCACCUGCGCCAAAAUUGCUGCUGAGGCUGAUCUCUACGUCAACUUGGACGGUGUCUUCGAACUCGCUACGGACGCUCUCGCUGUCCUCAGCGCCACUGCUCAGGCCGCCCUUGAAGCUGCCAUUGCUCUCCUAGGUGAGGUUGACUGGAGGAUCAAGGCUGGUCUCGAAUUCUGUGCCGCUGGUGGUCUCGUGGGCGAUCUUGACUCUGAGAUCAUCCAUGCCCUUAAGGUCUGGCUGAACAGCUCUGAGUGCACUCUAGCUGUUAGUCUCAAGAAGACUCUUCUCCUCUGGAUUGAGGGUAAGGUCGGCGGUGACGUUGUCAGCAUCGGCAACCUUCCCGUUGGUGGUAUUGCCACGAUCGGCCUUGGUAAAUCUCUCGAGGCCCUUGUUGGCGUCAAUGGCGCUCUCGUUGCCGGUGCCCAGGCUCAGCUCGAGGCUUUCCUCCAGACCGACGUGGGCUUGGAAAUCGAUGUUGCUAUUCUGGACAUUCUUAAGAUCUGCGCCAAGGGUGGCCUUGCCGUCGACAUCGACCUUGACAAGCGUGUUGAGCUCUCUCUCUGGCUCGCCAGCAGCAAGUGCUCUCUCAGUGCCGAACUCAAGGGUCUCCUCGCCUUCUGGCUCUCCUUUGGCGUCUCCGCUGAGACCGACCUCUCCCUCAGCGUUUCCACGAACAUCAUUAGCGAGCUCACUGGUUUCCUCACUGGUACCAUCGACUCGCUGCUCGGCACUCAUCUUCACGGUCUUCUCUCUUUCAUCCUCGGUGGUGAAGGUGUUCUCUCGCUCUCUCUUGAGGCUCGUGCCCAGCUCGCUGCCCUCAUCGGUGGUGGUGUCGGCAUUGAAAUCGACGACUCUAUCCAGAUCAUCCUCAUCGGCUGGCUCACUGGCUGCCAGAAGUGCUGCGGCGGUUCUCAGGUUACCCACGGUCCUAGCGUUCCCAGCAGCACCCCCGCCCUCCCCGCUUCUGAGACCCCCUCCCUCCCUGUCAUUCCCACUGGUGCUCAGCCCACUGAGACUCCUUCCAUCCCUGCUGGAACUCCCGCUGCCCCUACUGACGUCUCCCCUACCGACACCGAGAACUCCGCCUCUCCUUCUGAGACCCCCUGUGACACCAUCACCUCCGAGAGCGUGACCUCCUACACUGUUUCUGAGUCUGCCUCCGUUCCCGCUGGCACUGAGACUCCUGCUGUUCCCACCGAUGUUCACCCCACUGAGAACCCCGCCGAGUCCACUGAAACUCCCUGCGAGACCCUCACCUCUGACAGCGUGACCUCCUACACUGUCUCCGAGACUGCCUCUGUUCCCGCUGGCACCGAGACUCCCGCUGCUCCCACCGACGUCCAGCCCACUGAGACCCCUGCUGCUCCCAGCGAGACCCCCUGCGAGACUAUCACCUCCGACAGCGUGACUUCCUACACUGUCUCUGAGACUGCCUCCGUCCCCGCUGGCACUGAGACUCCUGCUGCUCCCAGCGAGACCCCCUGCGAGACUAUCACCUCCGAGAGCGUGACCUCCUACACUGUCUCCGAGACUGCCUCCGUUCCCGCUGGCACUGAGACCCCCGCUGUUCCCACCAACGUCCAGCCCACUGAGACCCCUGCUGCUCCCAGCGAGACCCCCUGUGAGACUAUCACCUCCGACAGCGUGACUUCCUACACUGUCUCCCAGACCACCUCCGUGCCUGCUAUCCCUACCGAAGUCUCCCCCUCCAGCAGCUCUUGCGCUGGCUGCGGCGGUAUCAAGACCGUCACUGUCACCAAGACCGUUGGCAUCGAGGCCUGCCCUACCGACUUCUAGGCGCGGGGUAGAAGCUCACCAUCUAACGAGACGAUUGCGAUGGCAUCACCUGCAGUACCUGUCUAAUUCAUAAUUCUAAUCUUUCUGUGGCACCGGUCGAGCAUGUCAAAGUCCGUCCCCUGGCACAUACACCAGCAGAGCGACCGAUCGAUGUCUGGCUUGUUGUGGAUUUACCUGUAUUAUUCUUUUCGAUGUGUUUAUUGAUAUCCCCUUAAUGGAGUACAUUCCUUAAUGCUAUGUUUACACUUUAGCAGGUGGCCUGCGAAGUACAAUUGCAUCUACAUGUACAGCGUCAUGAUGUAUCUAUAUGUAUCUAUCACCAAACAACCGUUGUUUUCUUAUAUACGAUAGAAGCUUGGCU